AUGCAUGAAGAACUACAAAUUGAUCUGCAUGUCAACUAUGUGAAGGAUUUAUUUAGACACCCUUCAUAUUUAGUUCAUUUUAUGGCUGACCAUUUAAAGAUGAAUGCCCUAUACUGGGGGUUGGGCACUAUGUUUCUUGUCCAUCGCAAGGACGAAUUUCCAAAAGAGGAGGUUGUCAAAUUUAUUAUAUCAUGUAUUGACGAAUCAAACGGUGGGUUUGGUGCAGCUCCCAAACAUGAUGCACAUAUGUUGUCCACAUUGUCGGCAAUUCAAGUAUUGAAAAUGUAUGAUGCGUUGGGCGCUCUAAGUGAUCAGCAACGAGCAAGAGUCGUUGAAUUUGUGAAAAGCAUGCAACUGCCAGACGGAUCAUUUCAGGGAGACCGAUUUGGCGAAGUCGAUUCCAGAUUUGUUUACAACGCAAUCCAAUGUCUCUCCAUUUUGGAGGAAUUGACUCCGGAGAUUGUGGACCCUGCAGUCGACUGGAUCUUAAGGUGUCAAAACUUUGAUGGUUGCUUUGGAAUGGUUCCUGGUGCAGAGUCGCAUGCGGCCCAGGCAUUCACGUGUAUAGGAGUACUGUCUAUUACCAAUAAACUGCACAAGUUACCUGAUAGAGAGUUGCUAGAAUGGUGGCUAUCUGAUAGACAAGUUGAAGGAGGUGGUUUAAAUGGUAGGCCCGAAAAAUUACCCGAUGUUUGCUACAGUUGGUGGGUUGUUUCUACGAUUUCCAUCUUGGGGAAGUUACAUUAUAUAGACAGUAACCAGCUCAAAAAGUUCAUACUAUCUUGCCAAGAUUCAACUAAAGGGGGCAUUAGUGACAGACAGGGCAACGAAGUAGACCUAUAUCACACGUUUUUUGGAAUUGCAGGACUGAGUUUGCUAGGAUAUGAAGGCUUGGAGAGGAUUGAUCCAACCUACUGUCUGCCUUACGAAGUCACUGAUACAAUCAAAAAGUAUCCAUAUUGA